AUGGGUGCUGCAUCUCCAGCCUUGUCGGCCCUCAGUGGCCCGACGUAUGUCACUGCCCAGACAUUGAUCCAGCAGGUGGCGUACAUUCUGAGUGACAAGAUCUUCUCCUAUUCACCAGAGUCCUUUGAUCUUGACACGGCUCUCCGGGAGUGGGCAUUGAACCGGGAAAUUAAUGCCAAUGGCGAAUCUCCUGCAGUUAAUGCUAUGGAAACUCGCCAGGGUGCCGGUACCAUCGCCUUGGGAUACCUCUUUUCCCAGGAUUUUGAUUUGAAGAAGCGCCACGUCCCCCAGGGGAUCGUUGCCUCCUCCGCUACCCUUCCAUACAUGAGAUCUGCCUUGGAGCAACUCUCUCUUCUCUACUCCGUCGCCAGUCCCGUUGCCGCCCAUGUCGCCGCCGUCGACUACGUUGCAGAGGAGGGCUUGGUUUCCGAUUAUGCCUCUGCCCUCUCCAUUGCGGAAGAAAUUGGAUUAGGUCUCGUCUCUAGUGCCUCUGUUCACGAGUCACAGCACAUGGCGCUGCUGACAACCCUCUUCGCAUCCGUUCUGCCUUCUGUCCACAUCUUCGAUGGUGUUCGCGUCGGACGGGAAACAACUCGCGUCAUUGAUGUAUUGGACCAUGCCGGUCUUGCCAACACCUACGAGACAGUCCGGAAGACCUUAGAAGACCCACGCAGCCGACAUCUUGACACACAAUGGAAGCUUCUGGAGCUGCUUCAGUCACUGAACGACGAGCUCGGCACGGACUACGUAGAGGCAUCACUGACUGCCCAGGUUGCCCGUUCCUUGGCUAAAGAUGGUACUCGUGUCGGUGUCAUUAACGUCCGUGUGUAUCGUCCUUUUGUUGAAGAGGAAUUCCUUCGUGUCCUACCCCAGUCCGUGAAGAACGUUGGUGUCCUUGGACAGGUUUUAAAUGAGCAAGCGGUCCAGGACCAGGGUGUCCGGUCUGCUCUCUAUGAGGACGUUCUUGCUGCUCUGACUUUCGCUCGUGGCCGUGAACACAACCCUUCCUGCGUAGACAUAAAAUAUGCCCGCUCUCAGCGCUGGGACUUAAUCAACGCUGCCGCUGCAUUCCAGCUCGUCUUCGAAAAGCCAAUUGUCCAAACAAAUAGCCAGUCGGUACCGCUCCAGCUGCUCGACCCUGCUACUGUUCAAGAAUAUUCUUUCUGGGAUGUCGACAACUCCAUUUGCGACAGCGCUGCCACGGCCCUCUCCAAGGCCCUCGCCGCCGAUUCAGCCAGCAAUGUUACCACCAGCAAGACUCACGAUAAUCUUGUCCAGGGUGGAGCUGUUCGCAUCGAUAUCCGCAAGAGUUCUAAGAUUUUGGAUGCUCCUUACCCGAUUACGGCUGCCGACACUGCAUACGUUGGAGAUAUUAGACUCCUUGGAGAAAUUGACAUUCCCGCGUCUGUCAAGAAUGGUGGUAAUCUCAUUGUCAAUGCUCCUAGUGUGAAAGACGAUGAAUUGGAAAAGAAGCUGCCUGAGGCCUUUAGACAGGCAAUCGUGCAGUGCGGGAUCAAAUUUUACAUCGUCGAUCCCUCGGUUGCUGGUGACUCCUCUCUUGAGCCCAGCGUACUUCAGACUGCCUUCUUGCGCGUUGCUUUGCCUUCGCAGGAAGGGGUCGGCAUCAAGAAACUGGCGUUCAUCACCGGUAAUGCUGAAUCAUUGCAAAAUGUUAGCAAUGACCUCGAUAAGAUGCUCCGUCGGAUUGAAGUUCCCCAGACCUGGAAGGCCUCUGAGGAUACCUCGGAGAUUCCUGGGCUUCCCAAGGACCUUUCUCCCAACAGCUUUACCCCCUUCGAGAAGCAUGAGGCGGAGGCACCUUCGUAUCUUAAGGACUGGAAGACGGCCGCUAAGGGCCUAAUUUUCAAGGAAGUGUACGGAACAAAGACUUCUCUUCGCCCUGAUAUUGCUACGAAGACAUACACUGUUCAUGUUAAGGAAAAUAGACGAUUGACUCCCGUCACAUAUGACCGGAACAUUUUCCACAUCGAGUUCGAUCUGGGUGACUCUGGGCUCACGUAUGAUAUCGGGGAGGCUCUAGGUGUUCAUGCCGAAAAUGAUCCCAAGAAUGUCCUGGAUUUCAUUGAGUUCUACAGUCUGAACAUCGAUGAUGUCGUCGAAGUUCCUAGUCGCGAGGAUCCUGCCGUGUUGGAAAAUCGGACUGUCUAUCAAGCCCUCAUUCAGAACAUUGAUAUCUUCGGCCGGCCCCCUAAGCGCUUCUACGAGGCUCUUGCCGAGUUUGCCACCGACGAGAAGGAAAAGAAGGCCCUUCUCAAUCUGAGUGGGCCUGAGGGCGCUGCUGAGUUCAAGCAUCGCGCUGAGGUCGACAUGGUCACCUUUGUCGACAUUCUGCGCGAAUACCCAUCCGCUCACCCCGACCUCCACGAACUUGUUCGCAUUGUCGGGCCACUCAAGCGUCGUGAGUAUUCGAUUGCCUCGUGCCAGAAGGUGACACCAACCUCUGUGGCGCUUAUGAUUGUGGUUGUCAACUGGUCGGAUCCUCUGGGCCGUGACCGUUUCGGUUUGGCCACCCGAUACCUGAGCAGACUUCAACCCGGGGCAUCGGUCACGGUCAGCGUUAAAUCCAGUGUGAUGAAGCUGCCGCCAAAGUCGACGCAGCCACUCAUUAUGGCCGGUCUGGGAACCGGUCUGGCCCCCUUUCGUGCGUUCGUGCAGCACCGUGCCCUUGAGAAAGCUCAGGGUAAAGAAAUUGGUUCGGUUCUCCUGUACAUGGGUUCUCGCCACCAACGCGAGGAAUACUGCUACGGUGAGGAGUGGGAGGCGUACCAGGAAGCGGGAGUGAUUACUCUCUUAGGCCGCGCCUUCUCGCGUGAUCAACCUGAGAAGAUCUAUAUCCAGGAUCGUAUGCGUCAGACUCUGCCCGACAUCGUUCAAUCGUAUAUCCGGGAAGACGGGGCCUUCUACCUCUGCGGUCCCACCUGGCCGGUUCCCGAUGUCACGGCGGUGCUGGAAGAAGCUAUUGCUAUCGACGCCAAGAAUAACGGCAAGAAGGUCGAGGCACGCAAGGAGAUCGAGAAAUUAAAGGAUCAGGAGAGAUACGUUCUCGAGGUGUACUAG